AAUACAUAUUUACGAAAAUCGUUUUUAGGCAGAUUAAUAAAAGGUAGAGGUAGAAAUUUUGUUGGAUUGAAAAUUCAAUUUUAUAAUAUUAAAUUGACAGAAUAUUCAGGUUAUGAGUAAUCAAAUGCUCUUAUACAAUCAAAAGUAGAAAAUUAGGUAUUUUAUUUAUCAAGAUCUACAACUAAUUUUAUUAAUUAUGCCUGUACCUAGUCAAGAAGAAACAAAUAAUGUAAACCAACCAGAAGGCAAUCAAGCUACCACUUCAAAUAAUGCAGCAGAUGGAGAUCACAAUGAAGGUAAUAGAGGUCCCACAACAAAUGAUAUAACAAUAAUUGAUCCAGAAUGUCUAGAAUUAGAUCUAAAUCAUGGCCGGGUAGAUAAGCUUCAAAACUUUGAGCCACUUACAUGCAUUGAGAGGUUGUAUUUAAGAUGGAACCUAAUAACAAAGAUUGAAAACCUGGACACCCUAACAACUCUAAUUGAGCUCGAGUUAUAUGACAAUCAAAUCACGAAAAUUGAGAAUUUGGGAUGCUUAGUAAACUUGGAGAUUCUGGAUUUGUCGUUUAACAGGAUAAAAACCAUAGAGGGAUUAGACAAUUUGGUCAAGCUGAAGAAACUCUUUCUUUCUUCAAAUAAGAUCGCUAAAAUUGAAAAUUUGAGUAACAUUCCAAGUUUGGAUUUGCUAGAGUUAGGAGAUAACAAAAUAAGGGAAAUUGAAAAUCUUGAUGAACUGACUACGCUUCGGCAGCUAUAUCUUGGCAAAAAUAAAAUCACAAAAAUCAAAAACCUGGACAGUCUUAAAAACUUGACAUGCUUAAGUCUUCAGAGCAAUCGAUUAACCGCUAUAGAAAAUCUGGAAAAUUUAAAAGAGUUGACUGAGCUGUAUUUGUCCGAAAAUGGUAUUGAAAAUAUAGAAAACCUUGACGCAAAUACAAAAUUGGAAACAUUAGAUUUGGCACAAAAUAAGAUCAAGUCGAUUGACAAUAUUGCACACUUGACUGAAUUGGCCGAAUUUUGGAUGAAUAAUAAUGAAGUAUCUGAUUGGGCAACAGUGGAGAAAAUGUCAGCACUAAAGAGCCUGGCGACAGUAUAUUUGGAAAAGAAUCCAGUUGCCGAAGAUCCUAUGUAUAGAAGAAAGCUGAAGAUGAUCGCGCCUUCCUUGACACAAAUUGAUGCAACAUUAUGUCGCUAAAUAUAUCUACUUAGGUUAAAAUAAUAAUAAAUAUUAAGUGUUUGAAACCAA